CAUGUCUUUCCUAAGUUCUACCUGGAAUUUCAUCGGUUUCGUGAUCCUCGCGAUAGCUUCCAUCGUCAAGGGCAUCGUCAAAUCGUUUAUUCCGAUGAAAUACAAGAUGAAGAGCAUCGCCGGAGAGGUAACUCUGGUGACCGGGGGAGGGGGCGGCCUAGGUAGACUAAUCGCCCUCAGGUUAGCCAAUCUCGGUGCCAUCGUCGUCAUCUGGGACGUUAACAAAGCCGGUAUGGAAGAAACCGUUAAAUUGGUGCAAUCCGCAGGCGGAACAUGCUACGGUUACAUUUGCGACCUAUGCGAUCGGGAGGAUGUCUACAAAAAAGCUGCAUUGGUCAAAGAAGAAGUUGGAAAGGUAACGAUAUUGAUAAACAACGCUGGUAUCGUGAACAGGACGAAAUUUCUGGACACACCCGACAAGCUCAUUAUCCGGACGAUGGAUGUAAACGUGAUGAGUCACUUUUGGACAACGAAAGCGUUCUUACCUUCGAUGAUGGCGGAUGACAAGGGUCAUAUCGUAAGCAUAGCUAGCUUGGCUGGACACAUAGGAGUACCAUCAUUGGUAGACUAUUGUACCUCCAAGUUCGCGGCAGUUGGUUUCGAGGAAGCACUCCACAUGGAACUAGCGGCUGAGGGAUAUAACAUCAAUACCACGGUGAUAUGUCCGUUUUUCAUUCGUAGUACUGGCAUGUUCACAGAGAUUGCGACUAGAUUUGUCCCAACGCUUAGCCCGAAUGAAGUGGCCGACCGAGUGGUGUCCGCUAUGAGGUGUAACGAGAAAAUCGCUAUAGUGCCGGGUUACCUUUACAUUUUCCUCCUCCUGAAAUGGGCUUUCCCAUGGAAAUGCGCGACAAUGUUCAUCCAGGGUGUGGUUCCAAACGAUUGUAGCAUUCCCACGAACUUGCAUACGACGUCAACCGUCAGGAAGGAAAGUGUUCCCAACGUAUUGACCAAGGAUCAGAAUGGUGCCAGCAUCCAUCAGCAAUUAACCAGACGCAUUUCCAGCUCCGAAAGGAAGCCUUAAUCGUUUUGUAAUCGAUUCGUGAUACAUCUGAAAUGUUUGUAAACGUACGUCGUACUGUCAGUCCACGAUACGUUCAUAACGCUGGCGUAAUUAUAAGGCGUAUUAUACAUUUAACGUACCGGGUAUACUUUAGAAAUUUAUCGCGUCUCGAUCUCGAAGCGUCUUGCUUCUUUUUCUAAGCAAGUCGUUGCGCGAAAUUGGGACAAGUUUCGCCUGAAAGAAGGAAGAAAGUGGACUUUGUUAUCGUAGAGCGAGCGUCUUUGUCUUUGUUCUUUGUCGCGAGUCCUAUUGUAGUAACACGGACCAAACUCGAGAAACCUGAUAUUUCACGGAGGAGGAGGAGGAUGACGGGGAGCCUUACUUCAGUCAGCACGCUGUUUCUAGUUAGCUAUAUUAAAAAAUAAUGGCUUUAAAACGGUUAGUAGUGAAAGUUUUAAACGCGUUUCGUUGCUCGCACUAGAUGACAACACGUCGCGUUUAAGGAAAAAUGUCACGUGUAACGAACGAAAUUGGUUCGUUUUGACGUUUCUAAAUAGUCUAUUAACGUUUUAUAUGUACAAUCGAAGGAAGAAUUCUCCAGUUAGAUUUAGCGAUUCGUUAAUUAAAUAUAAUAAGACACGGGUAGGAUUUAACAUAAUUGGUUCCGAUGUGAUACGUUAAAAAAUUGUUGUACGUUAGAACUAUCAUAUUAUAGCGUAAGAAUAACCUAAGACUUUUCUAUUUUUAACUUGUGGUUGUAACGUAACAGACACGUGGAUGCGCUUAUUUGUCAAAACGCAUCUAACGGUUCGAUUGCGGUAAUUGCGG